CCUCUGUCUUCCAAGUGGUGGGAUUAAAGGUGUGCGCCACCAUGCCCAGCCAACCUUUAGUUUCUUAAACUUGAAAGUCAAGGAGAAAAAGAAGUACUGUUUCACUCAUAUACUUUAACCACUCAUCAGAUUUCACUUAAACAAGUAGGGAAAAUAUUUCAGAUUUUUAAGAUAUGGAAUGGAUUUAGUACCAUCUGGAAUUGUAUUUGAUGAAUUGCUUUUUUGAUUAAGGGAUCAAAGAAAUAGCCCUGGCCAGCAUUUUUUUGGUCAUCAGCUAGAAGAUUUUAAUUCAUGUUUGUAAUAGCACAGCUUGUCUUACGUCUCAGACACCUGAAAUAGGGCUGAGAGAUGGCUUAGUGAGUAAAGGUGCUUGCUGUCAAGCCUGACAGCCUGAGUUCAAUCCUCAGAACCCACUGGUAGGAGAGAACUGACAGGUGAAAGUUGUCCUUUGACCUCCACACACCUGCAUACACACAUGAUAAAUAGAUAAAUAAAUAAAUUUAAAAAUUAAAAAAAUGAAGGAACAACAAAACAAAGCAAAAGGAUGAAAACCUUGAGAUAGCCCUGGUGGUUCCUCAGGUGUGGUGCAAAUUACCCUUGGCUGCCACCUUGUUUGUCCCUCCCCUAAUUGUUUUUAUGAGAGGGAAGAAGUGAUUAUGCUUGUAAAUUUUAAAUUACAUAAAAUCCUGAGGUUUUGAUAACAAGGCCACAAAACAAAAACUGGAAAGGAUUCUUACUCAUUUUUGUCUCCUGGGUUCUUAUCUCCCAUGUACUGAAGGAGAGCUGUGGGCUGCAGAGCAAAGGUGUGAUGUUACUACCGUGAUGCUUGUCUCAAGAUGGAGAAUGUGAUGCCAAUUUCCAGAUGAUACACAUUCUUUUCAACUUCAGUGUAUCUGUAACUAGGUAUCUAAGGAAAAGAUUUUGAUUAAAUUUUUCAUCCUCUUAAAAAUCUUUGUUCUUUACAAAUUACCUGAAGUUUUUAUGACCAGCUUCAUCUUUUUUUUCCCCAAAGAAAAUGUUCUUGAGGGUUACUAAGCCCAGAAGGUAAUGAUCAUAUUUAUUAGGUUGUUAGUUGUAACUAACAUAGUUUAAAAAUCAUAAGGCUCAGGUUGACAAUACUGUGUUCACAAAGGCAUUUGAUUUAGAUAUGUCUUAUUUAGUAAUAUUCAACUUGGUAAAAUCUCUCUACUCACUGAUCAACACAGAAUUAUUACCUGCUGUUUGCUUUCGGAAAGUUUCCAAAAUCAGAGCAACUGUGUCUCUGGGCAGACUCAGCUCCUUGUAAUAUUUUUCUCUUGGCCAGCUUGCCUUGCCUCCCUGGAAUCUGUAUGGUACUGGAGCCGCCUCACUCUGCCCCAUGCUAGGAAGCUUCCUUUUUGGCAGAAUGUUUGGCAGGAAAGCUAUAGAGACAGGUGCUCUCAGAACAGCCUGGGUACCAGUCAUGAGUCUUACUGAGUGUCAGAAAGCUGAACGCCCUUGCUGAGAACCAAAUGUAUUCCACUGGAAAAACCCUCCGUGGAGCUGUAAGCCUCUUGGACUCUUCCUGCUAGAUGAGGCUGAAAGAUCAUGAAAACCACUGUUGAUCUUCAAUGCUGAGUGUUGGGGAGGGUUAGCGCCCCCAGUGUCUGCUCUGUGAUCUUAAGCUUUUGCUUGAAGUCUCUAGACUGCUAGUAUGGUGUUUUUUUAGUGGAGCUGGAAGCAGAUGAACCCAAGGAGAGAAGCUAGAUCUUGAAAGGAGCAAUCUCUUGAGGCCAGAGGCCAGACCAGCCCAUGGAGGAAGCCGGCAGUGAACCAGGAAGAUCUGCAUUGGUUGCUCAAGGCUAGCCUUGGAGGAACCACUUUUGUGGUCAGGAAUUGGUGGAACACUGUGAGGUCAUUUGGAAGCACCUCUUCCUGGGGACUGGUCAAGAACAGGAAGGCCUAGGAACAGCCCUCCAGCCUGAGCCCCCACCAGCACCACCUGCUACUCCAGCAACCCUGUAGCUGAGUGGAGUUUUCAGACCGGGUUCGGACUGUCUUUGGAGAAGUGACACAGAGUGGGGAGCAGUCCCUGCAUCCGACUGGGACCCUCCGCCCACCUGGGAGCCUGAGUGUGCCCAGGAUGUCUCUUUCUCCAGAGGGCAUGAGUCUGGGCCCAACAUUUCAUAAUAUGACAGUGAACGAGUGCUUUCAGUCCCGGAGCACUGUUCUCCAGGGGCAGCCCUUCGGGGGGAUCCCCACUGUGCUUCUACUCAACAUCAUCUUGUGGGUGUUCGUCCUCCUGGUUUAUUCCUUCCUCCGGAAAGCAGCAUGGGACUAUGGGCGCCUGGCACUGUUGAUACACAAUGACAGCCUGACCUCGCUGAUCUAUGGGGAGCACAGUGAGAAGUCGUCUCCCUCAGAGAUUUCCUUGGAGAUGGAACGCAGGGACAAGGGCUUCUGUUCCUGGUUCUUCAACAGCAUAACUAUGAAGGACCAGGAUCUGAUCAACAAGUGUGGGGAUGAUGCGCGCAUCUACAUCACGUUCCAGUAUCAUCUUAUCAUCUAUGUGCUCCUCCUCUGCAUCCCCUCCCUGGGCAUCAUCUUACCCAUUAACUACAUUGGAACUGUUCUGAGCUGGAAUAGCCACUUUGGUCGGACUACCAUUGUCAAUGUCUCCACAGAGAGUAAACUCCUGUGGCUGCACAGCUUCUUUGCUUUCUUGUACUUCCUCAUCAACUUUGCCAACAUGGCUCAUCACUGCUUGGGAUUUGUGCCCAAGAAGAACCUCAAGAUCACGAGGACACUGAUGAUCACCUAUGUGCCCACUGAAAUCCAAGACCCGGAGAUCAUCAGCAAGCACUUCCAUGAGGCCUAUCCGGGGUGUGUGGUGACCAGAGUCCACUUCUGCUAUGACGUCAGGAACCUAAUCGACUUGGACGAUCAAAGACGCCAUGCCAUGCGGGGCCGGCUCUACUACACAGCCAAGGCCAAGAAGACUGGGAAGUCGAUGAUCAAGACCCACCCCUGCUCUCGCCUGUGCUUCUGCAAGUGCUGGACCUGCUUCAAGGAGGUAGACGCGGAGCAGUAUUACAGUGAGCUGGAGGAGCAGCUGACUGAUGAGUUCAAUGCUGAACUCAACCGUGUUCGGCUGAAGCGCCUUGACCUAAUCUUCGUCACCUUCCAGGACGCUAGGAUGGCACAUCGAGUCUAUGAGGAUUACAAGUUCUUGUAUUGUGGUGCAAGUCCCCAGCAGUCCUCUGUGACUACCAUCGUCAAAAACUACCACUGGAGGGUCUCUCAUGCCCCUCACCCCAGAGACAUCAUCUGGAAACACUUGUCCAUCCGCCGAUUCAGUUGGUGGGCCCGCUUUAUUGCAAUCAACACCUUCCUCUUCUUCCUCUUCUUCUUUCUCACCACGCCUGCCAUCAUCAUCAACACCAUCGACAUGUACAACGUCACCCGCCCCAUCGAGAAGCUGCAGAACCCAGUUGUGACCCAGUUCUUCCCUUCCGUGAUACUCUGGGCCUUCACAGUGAUAAUGCCUCUGGUGGUCUACUUCUCUGCCUUUCUCGAGGCCCACUGGACCAGAUCAAGUCAAAAUCUGAUCAUGGUGCACAAAUGCUACAUCUUUCUAGUGUUCAUGGUGGUAAUUCUGCCCUCCAUGGGGCUGACCAGUUUGAACGUGUUUUUACGCUGGCUCUUUGACAUCUACUAUCUAGAGCAUGCUACCAUCAGGUUCCAGUGUGUGUUCUUGCCAGACAAUGGUGCAUUCUUCGUCAACUACGUGAUCACAGCAGCUCUGCUUGGCACAGGCAUGGAGCUGAUGCGCGUGGGGUCACUUUUCAUGUAUAGUACCCGCCUCUUCUUUUCAAGAUCAGAGCCAGAAAGAGUCCAUAUUAGAAAGAGCCAAGCCAUGGACUUCCAGUUUGGACGAGAAUAUGCGUGGAUGUUGAACGUCUUCAGUGUGGUGAUGGCAUACAGCAUUACUUGCCCUAUCAUUGUCCCUUUUGGGCUGCUGUACCUGUGCAUGAAGCACCUCACAGACCGCUAUAAUAUGUACUACUCCUAUGCACCCACCAAACUGAACAUGCAGAUCCACAUGGCUGCAGUCUACCAGGCCAUCUUUGCACCACUCUUGGGGCUGUUCUGGAUGCUCUUCUUCUCCAUCCUGCGAUUAGGUUCCAUCCACAGCAUCACCUUCUCCUCCCUGUCUUUCCUUAUCAUUUCCAUACUAAUCGCCUUUUCUGGCAUUUUUCUGGGGAAGUUUCGGACUGUCACUGAAUAUGAGCCUGAGGAGGAGGCGGAGACUGUGUUUGACAUGGAGCCAAGCAGCACGACCUCCACACCCACCUCCCUUCUGUAUGUUGCCACUGUGCUGCAGGAGCCUGAGCUGAACCUGACCCCUGCCUCCUCCCCAGCCCGGCACACCUAUGGCACCAUGAACAACCAGCCAGAAGAGGGAGAAGAAGAGAGUGGUCUGAGGGGCUUUGCAAGGGAGCUGGACUCAGCCCAGUUCCAGGAAGGGUUGGAACUGGAAGGCCAGAGUCAGUACCAUUGAUCAGGACUCCAUUCAGGAGCCAAGGGAGAGCCUGGCAGGGGAGGCAGAAGGGCAGAUGAUCCUCCUGCAGACUUUGAGAAACUCCUGAUGGAGCUAUCUGCCACCCUGUGACCCCAGGCCUGCUGACCAGCUAGAGUGGAGGGUGGUGAUGGGCAACACCCAGGGACCCUGGAAUGGGGUGGAGGAGACAAACACCAUGUGUUGGGAGCGGAGGCUGAAGUUCACGACACAGAGACUGAUUGCUGGGGUGUCUUGCUGGCAUCAAACUGGAGCAACUGUGUGUAAGGGACGAGGUAGGAAGAAGCCCACUGACGGCUUUCUGGGGGCUCAAUCACUCCCACUCCAGCUGCCCAUUGAGGACUACCGCUCCAGCCCCUGGUCCUCUACUGCAGUCUAAGGAAGCAAAGGUAUGUGUGUUAGACCUCAUCAACAAGGCACAAGUGGCCAUCUCAUCACAAGUUUCCCUGUAAGGCAUCUGUAAACCUCACCCCUGAGCAAGGGGUAGCUGGUUCAGCAAUCUUAGAAAGAAGUGAUUGAGGCCCUUUCUGUUUCUCUGCCCCUGGAACAGCAGGGUAGAGGCCCUGCAUUCUACUCAUAAGGAUAGCUGGUUCAUGGUCACUCAGGCUCAUUAAAGAGACCCCUGUACGUGUGGUAAAGGAAACCACCGUUCAUCCUUGCUAGUUGCUUUAAUGGUAUGUGUAGAGAGGGGUGUAGAAUUCAGGGAGCAAGGUCUUCUCUCCAAAACUGGGCCAUGGGAAUCAGAAACACCUCUCUAAGCCAAGAGACAAAUGAAAAUACCUCCCAAACCUAGAAGUAGCCACUAAUAACAUCCCCUGCUCCACCUACGUGAGGGCUGGGCCCCAGCUUGGCUGAGAUUGGUGACAGCUCAGGGCCAGAACUUAGGCUUCCAACUAAAGGCACUGACCAUCCCCUCCCCUAAGGCAGACCUCUCCCCAUUCUCUGAAGCUGUACUUAAAAUUACCCCUGUAAUUUUACCACCCUCCAGUGGCUCAGAUACUGCAGAUGCUUCCCACAGUGACAUCACUCCAGCUUUCCCAGGAUUGGGUAGGGUAGGGGUGAUGGAUGCAUUCCCCAUGGAGAAGACCCUUCUGGUUGGCAAGCUGCUCUCCCAGAGCUGCCUCCACUAAGGAGUAAUCCCCUGCAGUGCUGGUGACUCGGCACUUCUGACUCUUAGGACAGGUCACCUGCAGGACUACUAUGAAGCCUGGCCUACUGGGCCUCUGAAUCACCCAAACAAAAUUGCAUGGGGUUUGCAGGCUCAUGAGCCCCUGAAGCCUCUCCCCCAGAUAUCUGGGUGCCUCCUUGUUGCCCACUCACUGCAAGAAGGUCCAGGCUCACCCCACCUCAGUGUCUCUACCCAGGUACAAUGGCUGCCCUGAACACAGAUCACCUAGGUCUGCCCCUAGAAACUACUCCAUCUCUACCCACAUCCCAGUCCCAGUAGUUCUAAGCCUCACCCCAGGCAGAAUUGUUCAAGGGGCACAUAGUGUCACACUCCAGGGCUUGGCCUAAAACAUUGGUAUGGGGAUCUUUCCAGAGAGCUUGAGUCAACUGCUUGGAAUAUGUCCGGCCAUACCCUUAUAUAUCCCAGUAUCCCAAGGCCCUCUCCCCCUGGGAUUUCAUUAACCAGAGAAAGAGACUUUUCAUAGAGUGGUCAGGCCCAGUGUUGAGCACUGCCCAUAGUGGGGAGUAGCCAGCCCAACUGCCACAGUGUGUAUUUGGUAUGUAGGGAUUUGGAGUGCAACCAAAAGCUGGACCAGGACCUCUUCUCUGGGCCCUGCUUGCUGGGAUCUACCCCACAUCCCUGCGGCCCUGUGGACUGUUGCUGCUAGCCCUCCUAUCCUUCCUUCCUGCCUUCUCCUGCUGCAUCCCAUGGAAGGUGCAGAUGGAAGAGGUUCCAUAGACAACAGGGCAGGGUGGCUAGAGGGCUGCUUCUUAAUUUGGGUCAAGUGCAGCCUGGUUCUAAACCAGAUGUUGGGCAAGUUGCAGAGUCCACUCUGCUUUUCCUGGAGCUGUCUAGCUGGCUGGACCUUGACUUCCCCAAGAUCCCUGGAAACUGACUCCUUCAUCUUCUUCUACAUACAGACCACAUCCAGGCUCUCCUCGGCAUCUCUCUCUUUGUCUCAGCCCACACUGUCUCAAUUCACUGAUCAACAUCCCACCCUACCCACCCCUAAUCUAUCCACUUGAUCCCUUCUGGAGGGAGAUACCUCCUAGGAGACCCAGGGUGGCCUAAAGCCUCCCAGAAGGACCCUCCCCAGGCCUGGAGCAGCCUCACCCCUGCCUGCCUAUCCCUAAGCUGCCUCUGGUAGCAAAGUGCCUAUCAGCAGCAUUGCAUCCUCUGGGGGCCCUGGAGGGGUGUGGACUGCCCAUGGCCACUACCACUAAAGGAAUGUGCCAGAAUACUGAACCUUCUUGUUAUCAAUGCUAUGACUGUGCCUUGAAUAAACAAGUCCUCCCAACUUCUGCCAGUCUGUGCCUCUGC